UAAUUCAGCAAGAACCUACAGGUGACUGUGAAGCCAGACACAAGACUUGAAAGACACGUGAGGGGAGCUCUGUUUUCGUCUGUGUUUUUCCACUGACACAGCUACCUUCACAUUCUACCACACUGCUGAUCAUUGAUUAACUUGAAGAAAACAUAUCAGGUUUUCAUCCUGGUUCCAAUUGUCUUCUGUUUAACGUGUGAUAAGUGAAGAAGCUUGCUUUAGUUGUUUCGUGUUUGCUGCCACCAUGUUGUUGCUCAGCAAAAGUGCCAACUGCCAAUUCGGAGGUUUUGCUUUGGCAUCCAUAGCAUGGAUCCUCUGCAGCAUCUCCACAGGCCUCCCACAGUGGCGAGUCUGGUACUUAAAUGAAACAGCGGUCACCAAGCCUACCACAGCCUUUAUAGGAAUGUGGAGAGUCUGCAUUUAUCACCAAAACAGCAAACCUGGCACUACCAGAGUGUGCCAUGAAUACACCUACCAUGACAGCUUUAUCCCUUUAGAUGUUCGUAUCGUUCAACACUUGUUACUGAUCUCCAACAUGCUCGGAUUGAUUGGAACCGUUACCACCAUUUUUGCUCUUCGAAAUGCGUUCACAGGGAAAGUACAGAAGAAUACCACCAGCAACCCAUUUGUCAUUCCAGCCAUUCUCAACAUCAUUGCCAGUAUUUUUGUCCUCCUUGCCGUCUUAUUCAAUUACUUCUCUGUCAUUCACAAAGCAGGAAUUGCCUUCCCACCAUCUUUCCAUAUGCCAUUAUACCCAUCUAAUCAGAGAAUUGGAAUUGCUAAUGUAGUGGCAAGUCUAUGUGCUCUCAUGUUUUUAGGCAGUGGCAUCAUUUUAAUUUCUUACACUUCUCCCAUGGAAAAGCAAGUGUUUCCUGAGAUUUGAAACUACAUUUACAGCUAACAUCAUUGUGAAACCCCCCAGGAGUUAUAGCAAGUAUUUUAAUGACAUUUAUAUAAAUUUUCCAAGGAAUCAAAACCACACUUCAAUAGCCUAUGAUUGAAAAUGGACAAGAUAGCCUUCUAUUUUUCUGUCUUGUUUGUUUCAUUAUCUCAUGGGUUAGAUAUGGGCUUUCACUAAAUAAAAUCUUAUUCAUGCACUGA